UGGUCUCGCCUUUCUCCCCAGAUCACGUGCCUGGCCCCGUCUCUCCCCAAAUCGGGGAGCACCUUCUCCUUACCGAGCACAGGCCUCCGAGCCAUUACUCCUCCACGACGGCAGCGCCCACCUCCACCGCCCAGCUAGAAAUCCACCGUCCCUCAGCACCCGUUUGUCCUUACAUGGCCGGGGCUAGACGUCGUAGCAGCCCUCUCUCCCGCUCGCGCAUUCCGAACUCCCGCUUCCAACUCCUCCCCAGAUCGCCGCUUCUCCACUAGAGCCGAGCCGAUCGAUGGAUCACGAGCAGCGGCGCCAGCGCAGUCCCAGGGGCAAUGCUCCCGGGAGCGGGAGCGGCGGCGCGUCGUCGGGGAAGCACAAGGGUGGAGGCGGCAAGGGCGGGGGCAGGAAGCAGAUCAAGGUGGUGUACAUCUCCAACCCCAUGCGCGUCAAGACCAGCGCCGCGGGCUUCCGCGCCCUCGUGCAGGAGCUCACCGGCCGCGACGCCGACCCCUCAAAGUACAGCCCCGACGAGCUCGGCUGCGUGGGUGGCGCGGGCGCCGAGGACGCCACCGCGGCCGCUGACCUCGACUGCGGCGCCGUGCAUGGGCUCAUGCUCAGCCCCAGGGGUGCGGCCGCGUCGGCGUGCGACACCGUCGUCGCCAGCCCGAGCCCUGCCGCGGCGGACCACCAUCCCGACGCCGCCGCCGCGGCCGCGCCGUACGGCGGGGACUACGACGACGACCUGGAGGAAGAGGACGGGUUCAGGUCGCAGCCGCUUCUGGAGAACAACUACGCAGUGUUCUCGCCGCCGACGCUGCUCUACGACCACCACCCGCACAGCAAGUACCCAUUCUGUUAGCCGCAGAAGCAGUUCUGACGCGAGAGGCGCGUCAUGAAUUUUUACUACACAAAUACUGGGAUGAAUCCGUAGGUGAUGAUGGUCCGCAUGCAACUGCUCAUCAGGAUCUUCAUUCGCAGAAGGAUGUGAAUAUAUGCGGGGGUCUGGUGAUCAGCAAUUGGUCGUGUUAUUUGUUGCCGGUCGUAGCAGGAGUGUUAGGGCUGCGUAGGAAUGUCUCUGGUGCUUGUCCCCGCGGUGUCGUUUGGUUGAUAAGCUGAUGGCUCGGCUCUCUGAGCUUUUGGUAAUCAACCAGAUUUGUCUAUGUGGAUUCAUUGACGAAAAGAUAAAAGGUCGCAGACAUGGGAACAUCCUCAGAUGAAGGGAGCUAACAAUUACUGUUGAUGUAUCUUCGCAAUAGUUGUGCUGAUGAUCGUACUCUACUUUUCCAUGCAUGUUUAAAAGUUAUGAGUCGCUGGGAGGUUCAGAAGCUGAUC